AUGAUUCCUAAUCAAUUAUAAUUCUUUUUAGAUCCAAAUUGUUGCUAAUAAAGAAAUGAUCCAAAAGAAUAUUUUUUUAGUAUAGUCGCAAGUAGUUUACUAAAAGAAACAAAAUAUUAUGAAACAUCAGAUGAAUCCAGAGAUAAAUUAAUAGCAACUAUGAAUACAAUUGCAGAUAUAGAUCCAGAGUUUAUUCUAUAGGUAGCAUACUAUGUUAGAAAAUAAUUAUAUAUCAGAAGUGUAACUAAUUUUAUCCUUGCAUAUGCUACACUCAAUCCAAAAACUAAACCAUUUUGUUCAACAUAUAUGUGUCCAUCAUUAUUAAUACCUGGAGAUCUUAUUGAAGUUUGUUAAUUUGUUCAAGUCAUUUCUAAUUGUUAAAAAUAGAACAAUAAUCUCAAUCCAUUAACUGAUGUUAGAAAGAAAUUAACUUUCCCAAAAAUAUUGUAAAAACAAAUCAAAAAGAAGCUUACUCAAUUUAAUAUUUAUUAACUUGGUAAAUAAUGUUCAGAAAGUAGUAGAAAAAAAAAUAUAAAGAAAUAUCAAGAAAUUUUGGUUCCAGAUUUGAAAGAUAAAAGAAGAGUGAAAAGAUUAAUGAAAUUAAAAUAAAUUAGAGAAUAAUCAUUAUCCUAAGGAGGAGAUAUUUAAAAAUAAUUCGAAAUUCAUGCUAUUUAAAAAACAAAUAAAAUUGCUAAAAAUAGCAAAAGACAUAUGAGGAAUCCUCAUAUUGAGAAACCAUAAGAAAAAUUAAAUGUUUUUGAUUCUAACUUUUUAAAUUUAAAAGAUAUUGUUCAAUUCAGUCAUGUAAAAGAACCCAGAAGUUUAGUAAUGUCAAUUUUGGGAGCAAAAUAUCCAAAAACUGAAGAAGAAUUCUAAAAAGAAUUUAAAGGAGAAGAAAAAUUAAAGUUUGAGCCUGAAAAAGCUGGAUCAAAAAUGUAAAUUCCAAUUCCUGUAACAUGGGAUAGAGAAUUAAGUAAAGGAUUACAUUCUAAAAAAUAAAUUUGGGAAGACUUAAUUCAAAAAAAUCAAGUUCCAUAUUUAGCAUUAUUAAGAAAUCUAAGAAAUAUAUUGAAAUCAGGUGUUAGUGAUGAUGCUCAUUCAAAAGUAAUCUAAAAAUUAUCAAAUUCUGGAUAAGUUGAAAAUUCAAAGAUUUUUCCACUUUAAUAUUUUACAGCAUUGAAUGAAAUUAACAAUUUGUAUGGUAAACAAGAAGAAGUGAAAAGUGUGAAACCAAAAAAAGAAAAUGCUAAGAAAAAGGAAAAAGAAAUUAAUUAAGUGAAAAUGGAAUAAGAAGAAGAAUAAGAAGUGAAUGCAUCUCCUUAAGUGAUAGAAUAAUAUAAAGAUGCAAUUGAAAAAGCAAUGAAAAUAGCAGUUGAUAAAAAUUUAGAAACAAUAUCAGGUGUUACUUAUGUAUUUGUUGAUGUAAGUGGUUCAAUGCGUAGUCCAAUUAGUGGUGGAAAGAAGUAUGGAUCAGUUAAUUAAUGUAUGACAUGUGCUUUUGUUUUGGCUCAUUUAAUUAGAAUUAAAUGCGAAAAAUGUGAAUUUUAUUUGUUUGCUGCGCCAUAAUCAACCAAACAUCCAUAUACUAAAGUUAAUUUUGAAAAUGAUACUUUAUUACAAGGAAUUAAGAGAUGUGAGACUAAAAGUACAGAAUUAUGUGGGUCUCAUGAAAUGAUAGGAUAAACCAUAAAUGAUGUAUUAUUAAAACCAAAAAUAAGAGCAGAUAAUAUAGUGAUAUUAAGUGAUAUGAUGGUUACAAGAGGAUUUUCAGAAAAUGGUUUGGAUAUGAAAAAUGUAUUUCAGGAUUAUUUAAAAGGUGUUAAUUCAGAAGCUAAAUUCUUUUUUAUGGAUAUUUCUGGUUAUGGAAAAUAAGUUAGUUUUGGUGAUGAUCUCAAAAGUAAAAGUUGUUUCCUUAUUAAUGGUAUGAGUGAUAAUGUUUUAAAAUACAUUUCUUAUGCUGGUAAAAUUAAUUAAUUAGAAGAUAUUGUUGCUUUUAGCCAAGAAUUGAAAGUUAAAUAAUAACUUUAAGAAAUUAAACAAAAUCCACAACAGAUUAAGCCUUAAUAAAUUGAAACUGAAUGA